AUGGCGCGAAGGAAGGAUGCCAGCACCAUUGGUGUGCGCAUUGGCUUGAGGCAACGAGGCUGCAACGGGAUGUCGUACACCAUGGACUACACCGAUAAAGUGAACAAGUUCGACGAGGUAGUUGAGACCGAUCAGGGCAUCAAGGUGGUUGUAGAUUCCAAAGCCGUGCGGUGCCCUACAGCCUGGCACCGUGCUGAUCGUGCCACACAGAAUGAAUGGGUCAUGAUCUCAUGGCUAUUCAGCUGA